GCUGGCGUAAACUAUUGAGGAACUGUCUACAUUUAAAUUGUUGUAUAUCAAGAUUCGCAGGGAUUAUUGAGUGUACAGACUAUGAUCCCUAUAAACUCUCAGAACCGAACCGCGAAUUCAGUCGAAGUUAUCUUGUUGAUGUUUUGAACUAAUAUCUAUAGCGAUUUGUACACACAAACCAAUGCGUUUAUGACAGCAGACCUGAUUUGCUACACAAGAAAAUAUGAAUUAUUAAAAUCAUAUUCCUGUAUGAUAUGAGAAUCUAGCUGUUUAAUAUGUGAAUCUAGCUGGUUAGCCAGAAUCUAAACGUAUAAACGGGGUAGAUAAUUUUUUUUUUUUUUUUUUUUUUUUUUAGAAGUGUGCGUUGUAUAUGUUAUCUCGUUGUUAAGAGCACCUUUCAAUGUUAUCAAUUUGCGUGUAAAUGUUUGAUUUUCGACGUUUUCUCUCAUUGCAUGCGCAACCCUCUGUUUAUCGGCAAGAAUGAAAGGAGAAACGAGAAGGGUCAGAGGUCGCAGCAAUGUGCCCCACGACGACAGCAUCAGCGAUGAUACAGAGAAGAGAGAGGAGCGAAGAUAUGCUGAAGAGGAAGAAGAGGGUUUCCGAGUGUUACCUCCUGAGGAAAAGCGCUGUGUCAAUGCCAAACUGUUUCUACUCCAGGAAGAGAGCGAAAAUGGGCGUAACUUGUACAACCAUAUGAGUACACUUUUGGCAAACAUUUUAGCAGAAAAGUCGGAGGAAGCUUUGGAGAAAUUAGAAGACGACAGUAGAACCUACAAACGAGAGAGGUUUGCGUACAAGGAACCCUUCAUUAAAGACAAUCCCGCCAAAACGCCUACUGAGGUUCUAGCGCAGGCGCAGUGGCGAAUGAUGAAGACUGCUUGUGGAGAGCCGAAAUUCAUCCCAAAUGAAAGUUUUGAUUUGCCAGACGAAGACGAUGAAGACAUUUAUCGCCUGAUACCCAACUUGAUGAAGCAGGCUCUCUGUUUUGAACAAGCUGGGGUAGGGCUCCCCAGGGAGGAAUUCAUACGAAUGUCAACCGCCAUGAGGGAACUGGUUGAAAACUGGCCGGUCGAGACCCUGCGAUUCUGGGGAAAGAUCCUUGGUACACGAAAGAAUUACUAUGUAGUGGAAGCCGAGUUCAGAGACGGCGAUUACGAGAGCGAUCUUAGUGACGAGGAAGACGAUACAUCAUCUAACGAUAAGAUAGAGGAUAGCAUGAUCUUUGAUGAUGAAUCCACGACUGUAACGGACGAUAUCAAGCCAUUCUAUAAACCACCUCCCACAAUUCCUUGCGAGAGCUUGGGAACGGGUUUAAACAAGCAUGUGUACUUCGUCUGUAGCGAACCUGGUUUACCUUGGACUCGACUGCCACACAUCAACCCUGCGCAAAUUGUUGCAGCUCGGAAAAUCAGACGAUUCUUCACAGGAGAUCUCAAUGAACAUAUUGUAAGCCAUCCUCCCUUUCCUGGUGUGGAGAAGAACUUUUUGCGUGCACAAAUUGCACGCAUCAGCGCCGCCACGACGAUAUCGCCAAUCGGUUACUUCCGGUUUGACGACAACGAAGAGGAGGAAGACGCCGAAGAAUCUGGAACGAACGGCAGAAAUAAUUGCAUUAUUGAUCAGGAGUUUGAAGGAAUGCCUCUUCGCGACCUUUGUGAUCCAACAGGGCAAACGUGGUGCCAUCAUAUGCAGUCUAUUUUGCCGCAGGGUAGGAACACGUGGUAUAACCCUGUGGAGUCUAAAUCAGGUGAAGGAGCCGAGGAAGAAUCUGAUGAGGAGGAACGGAACGAACCGGAUGAACCAGAACCGGAAGUUGGCCCGCCAUUACUGACUCCUGUUUCAGAAGAUCAACCGAUAGUUGAUUCGCCAGCAUGGAUAGCACGCACGUCUUCCCGCGUGGUACCAGAAUUUGCCCUGGCGGUGCUCCAGUCCAACACUUGGCCUGGAUCAUGGUCGUUUGGAGCAGAGAGGGGGCGAUACUUCACGUCAAUAUACAAUGGCUGGGGACAGAAAAAUUUAGGCGACGCCUUUGAACCGGAACUGCCGCCGGAUAUCAUGGAAGAAUUUCCGAGCGGACCUGAAAUCACGGAAGCAGAAGAUCCGUCACCGGCCGAGGAGUCGGCGUUUAAGGCUGCGUUGGCGGACAAAGAGUUUGAUGAGGAGUUCGGCGAGGACCAAGCGGAAGAGGAAACCUCGGAUGUGGACGAUUGAUAUAGAGACAUUUCGAAGUCAAAAUCAUAGUAUAUCAAUUUGUUAGUAAAUGGCUUGUCUAUUAAUCAAAGUGUAAUGGAACGAAUUAUGAAAAUGAUUUAUUACGGCUGUAUUGCUUUUAAGCAACAAGUACUUUCUGGCAUAACCUCGUACGUCAUCAUUCUGAGAUUUUGUCACAAGUAAAAUGAAAUAAUCUUU